GGCCCCGCUGCCCCCCGCCCCUGGGGCCGCGCCGCGGGUCGGGUUCGGCAGAACGGCACCGACAGCCCCGCGGAUCCCUCGCUCCGGGCCAGGCUCUGCACGGCUGUAGGAGGAGUCUGCGGUCACCUCCCCCUCUGUGGCUCUGUGGCUCUGCGGCCGGAUUCGGAUUCUCCUGCUGAGGUACCACCCCAGUCACCGCCAUGUCCAGCAAGCGUGCCAAAGCCAAGACCACCAAGAAGCGCCCGCAGCGCGCCACCUCCAACGUCUUCGCCAUGUUCGACCAGUCCCAGAUCCAGGAGUUCAAGGAAGCCUUCAACAUGAUUGACCAGAACCGUGAUGGCUUCAUUGACAAGGAGGAUCUGCAUGACAUGCUGGCUUCCCUUGGGAAGAACCCCACUGAUGAGUACCUGGAGGGCAUGAUGAGCGAGGCACCAGGGCCCAUCAACUUCACCAUGUUCCUCACCAUGUUUGGAGAGAAGCUGAACGGCACCGACCCAGAGGACGUCAUCCGCAACGCCUUUGCCUGCUUCGAUGAGGAGGCCUCAGGCUUCAUUCACGAGGACCAUCUGCGUGAGCUGCUGACCACCAUGGGAGACAGGUUCACAGAUGAGGAGGUGGAUGAGAUGUACCGGGAGGCGCCCAUCGACAAGAAGGGAAACUUCAACUACGUGGAGUUCACCCGCAUCCUGAAGCACGGCGCCAAGGACAAGGACGAUUAGAGCCCUGGGUUCCUGAUCCCCUCUGCCUCCUCCUGCUCCCCCCACCUGCCUCUUGGCCCACCUUGCUGUCCCACAGCAGGCUGUCUCAAUGGGAAACACCCCAGGACCAGCACCCCACAUCGGGUCAUGCUUGGAGGGGAAGCACUCCCCUCACUUUGAUGCUGUGUGCCCAUCCAUCAGCCCCAUAGCUCCCCUCUCAUCACCUCUCCCACUCACAGCUCACCCCUCUGGGACUCCCAGCCUGGUUGACUCCUAGAGUCCUGGACUCCUAGAGCCACCCUAAGCAGCUCUAGAUCCCCUUGGAGCCAUCUUGCUGCUCAUCCCCAGUGAAGCACUGGCCUGUGUGUAUUUUGGUUGGCUCAGGCCUGAGCAAUCCCCAUCUCUGGGCUGUAAAGAAAGUGCCUCUCACCUCUCCUCCUGCACUCCCUUCCUUCAGGAAAGAAAACCCACUUUUUUCUUCCUCCCUG